CGUCGUUCUGUAUGGUUGUGUUUUGGGUUGUUACUCUUUCGAUCAACACAAGGUAAUGAAGACUGAGUGCACAUAAUAACGUUUAAAAGUUCAUGCAAUUCUUCGCAAAAGUAUAAAUUAUUGCUCAGAUUCAUAUUUCACAUUUUAUCUGAAUUUAUAAAUUAUUCUUUGCAGUAUUGUGUAUUGAGAAAUGGCGGUGGAUUUGGAUCCAAAUGAUCCUGAAGUACGAUUAUCACAAUUUCUUUAUGUUGGUAAAGAAUAUCCUGAUUAUCAACCUGGAAACUGGUUUGUCCAUAGCUAUUUUUUGACUAAAAAUAUUCCGUCUAUUGAAGAAUUAGCUGAAAAUACAGAGAAACAAUUAUUACCAGUUCAGAUUAUCAAAAAGGCAUUUGAAAGUAAUCUUGUUCCAUAUCCAGAAACAUUAGUGUUUGCUCUUGCUGUUUGCUGCAGACAGAUGAAAAGUGAAAGUUUACGUCAAGCAGCUUAUUUAGCUGUAAACAAAAUUUGUGUGUCCCCACAGCACUUCAUUUUGUUUAUAAAAUUUGCUUCUCAAAUAAGUAAGCAAAAAGAAAUUGAUGCAACAGGAAAGUCAAGACAUGGCUGGGGUCAUGGUUUAAGAAAAGCAGUAAAUAAUUGGUAUUUAUCAAAAUCUCCAAUAGAACUAGCAAAGUGUGUUACAAGGUACAAAGGCAGAUAUGGUUGGAAGCAUAAAGAUAUUAUAAAAUUGUCUCAUCCUGUACCCAAUAAUCCUGGAAGAGCAAUGGUCCUUAAAUAUGUAAUACGUGGCUUAGAAGAAAUAAAAAAAUCUUCUAUUGAAGAUCCUACACUUAUGGAAAUUUUAGAAUAUAUUGAACAUGUUGAAGAUUUUAAACAUUGUACAGAUGAAGUUCGAGCGGCAGGUCUUUUGGAAAUGUACAAAUUAACACUAGAUCAUGUACCUGGACAUUUACUGAAAUCUAAAGAGAUUUGGAGUGCACUAAUACCAUCAAUGAAUUUAGUCAUGCUUUUAACCAAUCUGCAAAGAAUACACAAUCUUAAAUUAUUGAAACCAGGGUCACCAAUAGUUUCCAAAAUAAUAGAUCAAAUCACCAAUGAAGAAAACAUUGUCAGAGAUGAAGUUCAUCCAGUUUUAGUAUUUGUUACAAUAAAACACUAUGAAAAUUCUGGGAAACCAUUAACAUUGGAAAAAAGAGAAAUCAAAGAACAGUUCGAUAAACCAUCACUAGUUCCAUCCAAACCAAAUUCUAAAAUCAUUGAUGCUCUCUACAAAAUGUUGAAUAUUUCUUUUUUUCAUCUUCAAUCAACUGGUUUACGUUAUAUGAUAACAAUCAGUAUGAGUAAAGCAAUGUCAGAAACACAUAUUUGGCGUAACGGUAAUAUAAAUGGUGUAGAAGCAGGGUGCAUGAUUGCACUUGCACUUCUUCGCAGUGAAAAGAACGUCACCGUUGCCACGUUUAAAAACGCUGGAAUUCAUGUUGCGACUAUUGAAAAAAAUGCUACUUUUAGUCAAAUUAUGAAAAAAUUGCAGCUGAUGCCUGUUGGAAACGCAAAUUUGGGUAAACCAAUGUCGUGGGCUGGUUAUCAAAACUAUAAAUACGAUGUAUUUAUUAACGUUGUAGAUCAAAUAUUUGAAAAAUCUGACACAUCAGAAGAGGCUCUUCAAGCAUAUAAUACAAAACUCAAACUUAAAAAUACAAAAUUAAUAAAUUGUGCAGUAUGUUCUUCGUCGACUUAUCGCAAGCAGAAGAGUAAUAAAAAUAUUUUAACAGUUAAUGGUUUUGAUGCUAGUAUUCCUGUAGUUAUACAGGCUUUUGCGAAAUCUCUGUUUUAGUAACUGCAUGCAUAGCAAUUUCUUCUUUGACAAUAGUAUGACAGUACUACUUAAUCAGUUACUACACUUUGAAAAUGACAUCAACUUGCUUUUUAAACAGAUGAGUAAAAUAAUUUUUAUGGAACCGUCAAUUAAGAAAUAUUUCAAAAUACUUAGAUUACUACAAAUCAGAUUCAUAAAAUAGUUUCCAAUAAUCUGUAAAUGUUGCUAAUCUGAUACUUAUGUAGUAGUCAGAGCAUGCACUAGUUGAAAUGAUUAAAAUUAAAAUUGAAAUUACUAUAAAUCGCAAUAUUUGCGUGCUUGUAAGUAAUACAAAAAUUGGUAAAUGAGGCUUAAACUUUUUCGUUUAUCAAAGUUUUGUUAUUAAAACGAAUGAGAUUAUUAAAUGAUAAUGUUUAACUAUUCUAAAAGACAUAUUUAAAUAUAAUGUAAACAAAUUUUAUCUUAGAGUACCGAAAAAAUUAAUUAAUCUAAACGAUCUUUCUAUACUGAUACAUUAAUAUUGACAUUAAUUGUUUUAGUACAAAACUAUAUUCAUAAAGAAUAUUUCUCCUCUGUCUAUUUAGAUUUGAUAUGAUAAGAGAAAUAAUAAUUUGACAUUUAAUUCAUUACUAACUCUUAUCCCUAUAAUUAUCUCAUAUUAAUAUUAAUACAUAAACAUUACUAAAUAUUGCAUGUUUUUAGUAUUUAGGGUGAGCUGUAAUCAUUAAUAGUAAUUUUAUGUCUUUAGAAAGUGGUCCAACAAAUUUUGUAAAUAUUUGUUUAAAAGAACGAUACAUUGAUAAACGAAUCAAUAAUUGACAAGUAAAUGAAUGUGAUACAUCUGUGAUCAACCAUUUGAUUAGAUAAACGAAAAUGUUUGAAACGCCAUGGACCACCUUGUAUCAUUUAAAAAACAGAUAAUACAUGUUUACUAAUUUAUCGCUUUACAUUUGUUAAAAUUAGUUGCGCAGCUAAAAAAUUAGGAUAAGACUGCAUAUUAGAUACAAAAUAAGUAUCUUAAAUAACCUAAGGUGCAUUUUUAACUAAUGAUAAAAGAUACUUUUACUUUAAUAUUGCCUGCUUAUUUCCACUGGUUGACGGUAAAGCUUUCUGUAAUAUCUUUAGUAGGAUAUAUGGAUACAUACGUGAUUUUUAAGAUGAUACAUUUCGAAGACUGGUGUGCUUCUGGAAAUUCCAAUAAGAAUUUAAAAAAAAAUAGAAAUGUUGAAAAAUUUCUCACUGUGAUAUGCAUUUAGCCCCAAAGAAUAUAGAUUUACAUUAGUAUAAUUUUACUGUUAUAUUUCAUAUUUGCCAUAUCCAAAGUAAAUGCGACAAAUACUAAAUACACUACUAAUAUAAUACUGUGAUACAAAGUACAUUGUUAUUGUUCAAACUAGGUGAAAAAGUAAGUAAAUGUAACCAGAGGCACACCAUGUAUCUGCUUCGUUUGUUAAUUAGUAUCAGUUUUUGUUAAAACAAAAAAUAUGGCAGUAUCCAGAGAUACCUCUGUUUCUAUUUCGGUCUUUGAAUUACCCUCGCGAAGUCCUUUGGUUUCUAAACUGAGAAGCAAAGUCUUCUUUAAAAAAAUGUUGCUAAAAAGUACAGCGUGGAUGGAUUCUCAGGUUUGACAAACAUUUAAAUUAAGUGCUUAAAUAUUCACGUGUUCUUUGCAGCCUAUUUGGUAAUUCAUAGAUCGAAAUUAAUUAUAUAUUAUUAAUUUUAAUAUAUAUAAACCUGCAAUAUAAAGUAUAACAACAUUCUAAUUUCUUGUGAGUGAACAAAGCAAGAUUUAAAUGGAAUCAUGUUUGUAGCAUCGAAAAUAAUUAUUGUAUCGGAAAUCAAAUUUUUUCGAAUGAAGUUUAUGAUCUUCAAUCUUAGUUGCGCGACGCCUUAUAGAAAUACUUAAGAAUUAUAAGUUAUUAAAAAUAAUAAUAUUUUUAGAUACAUUUUUGGUAAUAGACAUUCAUGAAGUUUUGUAUUACGCUUGAAAGAUUAUUUAUAGAUAUUAUGCGGCUAGACUCAUUUCCUUAAGGGAAAAAAGUGAAUUUUUUUCAUAAAAAAAAAAUUACAAAAAUAGGCGUAAUAAUAGUCGCGCAUCAUAGUUAUUAUUUGCUCAUUAAGAGUACUAGAAUAUAAGCUACAUCUAUAGUUGUAGCUUAUCUUAUUCAAUGGUAUAAUGCAAAGUAGUUCAAUAUAUAUGUUUUUAUUUUACGAUCGAAAAGAAACUUGUAAAUUUUCAAGUAAUAUUGAAUUAUGUACUAUAUCACUGUCAUUUUACAACUGCCAUUUUUAUUGCUUAUUAUAUUUUACAAACUUCAAUUAACUUGGCAACGGUACUAAAACUUCCGGUUAUCAAUAUUUGAAUCAUUAAUCAUAAAGAAUAUAUAUGAAUUUAGAUUUUUUAAUAUUUUGUUGAGUUUAUGGAAAAAAUUUCUUUUCGAUCGUACUGCGGAAAUUAGACAUGUCCAUUGUCUAUUAUAAAAAUACGUCCGAUGUUAAAUAUGCAAUGUUAAAAAAAAGGAAAAAAGAAAAAAAUAUUAUCACGAUAUGAGGUCCAUCUAAAAAAUACUGUACACCUGCGCUUUUCUUCAAAAUCCACAAAGUUCAGGUUGUGUGCUAUUCUACGUAAUGGAAAUACGAAAAACAAUAUAUUCAAUGUGUUCAUGCUAGUUAAGAAAAAAAGAAUAUUUACCGUAAGAAAAAGGCAGAAAUAAAAAUUUUACAUUUCGUAGUAAAUGAUAUGUAAUGUAUUUCAAGGUAAAACAAGUAUAUAUAUAUAUCGUUUUUAUUGCAUUGCACAGGUUUUUAUUCGAACAAAAAAGUUAGCUUCCUUAUAAAAAAAUUAUCUGGUAUUUCUGAAAUAUUUAAUUUUCAUCAGGAAGCACAAAUUAUUCUAUUUUGCGAAUAUAUAUUCGUAUAUAUGUAUAUUUUACACAUGAACAGUAUAUAUUGAUCAAUUAUCAAAGUCUCGAAGUACACAUAAUUGCAAUAACAUGUUCCUGAAAAUUAAUGAGAUUCAAAAACAAAAGAGAAAAAAAAACAUAAAUUUAUUGUAAAUGCAUUUUUAGUGCACUAUCCUUCGAUAAUCCGUGAGAGAACAUCUAUUAUUCAUAAACCUUUUGAAAUAACAUCAGAAAUUUGUUAAAUUUUACUAUUGUUCAAAAAAGAUUAAAGGUAUCCUAAAUAUAUCGACGGAUUCACAGGAUUGCACUAAUUAUGCUUCGAAAAAUGAAAUAACUCAUAAAUCAUUCACAGAAUGCCUACUUUUCGGCCUUAUUAUUAUCAAGAAAAGUACUGUAGACAUUCUAGUUUCUUUUUUGUGUAUGUAUAAGUAACAGUUAUUUAUUAUUCAUUUCGAUAUCUUUUAUAUUUGUAAAUGGAAGAAACAAAAUCACUGAUGCUAAUCGAUUUUAUGUGAGGAUUAUUGUGAGGUUCUUUAUUUUGUGAUUGCGUUCGUAGAUAGUGAAUAGUAUUACUACUUUUUAAUCUUGUAUCUAACACGAUUACUUUUCUAAAUCAUAAAAUCGAAAUCUAUACUGCAAAAGAAAAUCAUAAGAAAUUUACUAUAGAAGAUUCCUCUACAGAAAAUGGUUGUUAUGGGAUUUUGAAGUUAUUUUUGUACCUAACUAAUCUGUAUGGGAAAGAAGUAUUUAGUGACUGAAUUGCUUCAAUAAGCAGAAAUAUUUUAAAAAGAUUAUACAGGAAGAUAUGUUAUAUUACAUCUGUUAAUAUUACAAUUCAAUUAAAUAGACAAUAGAUAUUUAAAGGUAUAGAAAAUUAAUUCUGUUCAUGAAUUUGUUUGUUAUGAGACUAAAUCAUAUCUUUGAAUAAAAUUUGUUUCAAAUUCA